GUUUGCAUUCUUUUACAACUUGAAAAAAAUAAUCACAAAGCAAUGUUUAGAGCCAUAUAGUUGCCCAAUGAAUAAGAAAUUAAGGAAGUAGGCCCCCAUCUUUAAUUUCUUCCGUACCUUAGCCCGGACUGCAACCGUACUUUUACAUCCUACACACUUUCAAGUUUAUAAAUUCUAACCCACUAUCCCCUUUCUUUCUCAUUCUUGCCUCACAAUUCAACAAAAAAAUCCAAUUUCCUUCAAAUUUUCCUACAAUAUUUUCUCAGCUGAAUUUCUGUCCAUCAUACCUAUCUUUGCAAUCUUGACCAAAUUGAAACUAAUGAUGGAGCAUCCUCAGUAUUAUGCACCACACCGUAUUGGGGACUCAUCAUCUAGGCCAUCCCUUGGAUUUCCACUCGGCACUGCAUUUCUUUUGAUUGCAGUUUUUAGCUUGAGUGGCAUCUUCUCUUGCUGGUAUCACUGGAACAGAAUUCGCUCCCUUGGGCGAUCCACUGACCUCGAAGCUGGCGAUGAACCUGCUUCCUUCAAAUCUAAACUCACUUAUAUGAAUGACAAGCAAAACCAAAGCUAUAGCUCACAAGCAGUGGUAAUGCCAGGUGAUCAAGUUCCAAAAUUCAUAGCAUUGCCAUGUCCAUGUCAGCCUCCCCGAUGGGAAAAGUUGGUCGAAGAGGAGCAGAAGCCGUUGCCUUUGCCUUCGCCUCUUAAGCAGAUUCGUGUAGUGGGAUUUCUUUUGUAGUGUUGGUAAAAGGGUAGUAGUGAUUUUAGAACUGGCCAAACUCAUUGGUCUGUAUAUAUUGAAUUGUGGUGAAACCAAAUUACCAACUUUAUGAUUUGUAAGUACCAAGGCCAGUGAUUCUUCCCGAAAUCUUAAGAGUAAAUUUCCUGAAUGGUCAGUCAGCCAUGUUUGAGAAAUUAUUUCAAAUAUCACUUUUGUUUUAUUUAGCA